AUGGCCGGCGGUGCACACAAUCAACCAAUCACUGAAGAAUCAAGAACCCUUGCUCAAAGCAUCAAGGCUAAAGUAGAAGAAAUCACUGCUCGUACUUUUGAUAUCUUUGAAGUUAUUGCUCAUUCUACUCAAGUUGUUGCCGGAAUCAAUCACAAGUUGAAGAUUAAAGUUGGUGACUCUGAACACGUUCAUGUUAAAGUUUUUGAAUCCUUGCAAGGACAACAAACUGUGCAAAGUGUUGAACAAGGAAAGACUGCCACUUGUUCUUUCUAA